GCAGGCUCAACACGUUACUGCAGAGGGCCGAAAGGUUUUGAAACCCCGCGACUUUCCUUGACAAGUAGACUCCAGUCGAUUGCGGAGGAGAAACAUAUCCACGUACUCCCGCGGGCGGUGCGCUGAAGAGAUGGCGUCCGCUUCUCCUCUGAGGUGGUGCUUGCGCGCCGGCUGCAGAGGCUUUGCGCCCAGACGAACCUCGAACAACGGCGCCGCCGCCGUCGCAACAGCACUCCCGAUCUUCCCGAGGCGCGCAAUCUCGACCACGAGGGCCAGGAACGCCGCGAAGGGCGGCGAGGAUGGUGGCCAGAAAAAAGGUGGCAAACUCCAACCGUUAGAGCCGCUCGAGGAGGAGAUGGAACUGUUCCAGCGGCCCAAUAUCAAGACCCUGCACGACGCCGUCAUGCUGGCCACGACGCGCGAGGAGCGCGAGCAGGCCGGGUACGACGAGACGCGCGGCCAGCAGUUCCUGGGCGGGCCCGUGGAGAAACUCCGCCGGACCGUGACUGGCCUCAACCGAUCCUACAACGCCUUCAAACCCAAGCCGCAGGACUUUUGGAACGAGAACGCGACCGACGAGGAUAUGAUCGUGGACGAGGAGGGCUCUGACGAUUUUGAGGAGGACGACAUCAUGCCCCCGGCUCACGCCAAGCUGGAGGACCACCGAGACAUGCGCGAGUAUGCGCGCAUUGCCAUCUGGGAGAUGCCCCUCCUUUCCAAACUCGCCAAGCCAUUCGAGCCCCCAACCGAGCAACAGCCGUUGCGCUGGCGCUACACCACCUACAUGGGCGAGUGGCACCCCGCCGAGAAGAAGGUCGUUGUAGAGCUCUGCCCAGACGACCUCGAUCUCACCGACGUCCAGAGGCGCAAGCUUGCAAAGCUGGCCGGCGCCAGAUAUAACCCCGAGAAGGGCACGAUAAAGAUGAGCUGCGAGUCGUUUGAGCACCCUGCCCAGAACAAGCGGUACCUGAGCGACUUGGUUGCGAAGCUCAUCGCUGAGGCCAGGGACCCCAAGGACACGUUCGAGGACAUACCCCUAGACACGCGACACCACACAUUCAAGACAAAAUACUCAUUCCCCAAAGAAUGGCGGAUGACAGAAGAGAGGAGGCAACAGCUGAUGCAGAUCCGCAAACAAGCCUACGAGCUGGACGCGGCAAAGAGGGCAACCGGCGAGUUGGUUGACGGCACCGAGAAGAUCCAACAGUCAAUAGCAGCUCCUGCUAAGGACGCUGACCUUGAGCAGGCACUGGCGGACAUGGUGACUGUUAGGGCCUCUAGGGCCGGUCAAUCUGCUGCGCGCAGGCUUCCAAUGUUAUAAAGACUCGCCGGGACGCUCGGUUGCCAUGGCUGCCCGCACGGCUGCGUCCACGAGGCCGGGAUGAAGUCUGUGUACGCAUAGAAUUCUGUAUUCAUGUGUAAUAUAAGCAAAGCUGCGCACGCAAGCCUGCCACUACCAACCUGCCUACCUGUAUCCAGAGGUAGGUAAAUAUGUGGCUGUUGUUGUUUCAAUAUCCGUUGGCGGAUAUCACAGGCCAAGCUUCGUUUGAAGGAUGCGACAGAAAUAAGAUUCCAGCAGACGCGAGCGCUAGCGAUGCGCCGAGAACAGUUUUUCAAUGUUGUCUCGUGUCUGCCCGAACUGCCGGGCCCCUUACCCCGUGAACGCUAGAAAUGGUAGUUCCCGUCUGG